AUGGGGCCGAGCGGGCAGUGGGACGUGCGCGGAGCCCUGGCGGCCGCGGGCCUCUUCCGCUUUCUGCACGGCGCCGGCGGCGGCUGCGUGGCGCCCUUCCUCACCCUCUACCUGCGCCACCUGGGGCUGCCGGCGGCGCUGGUGGGCGCCGUCGUGGGGGCGAAGCGCCUGGUCGGCGCCGCGUGGGCGCCGCUGGGCUCGCGCUACGCGAGGGGGCACCGCAGGGGGAAGGCGCUGGUCGCCGGCUCCCUGCUGUGCGCGGCGGGUGCCGGCCUGCUGCUGGCGCUGGUGCCCGCCGCCACGCCGCGCGCCAGCGACGCCAACGCGGCGCCUGCGGAGAGGCUGCGAACGGCCACGCGCGCGGCGGCGGCGACGACGGGCGCCAGGCCGACGCUGGCAGGGUUCGGCUUUGCGCUCCCGAAGACGGACCGGGGAGCUGGCGAGGGUGGCGCGAGCACGGGCCGCCACGCCGCUCGUCCCGCUGCCCUGGCACCCGCUCUGGAGGCGGUCCGUCGAGCGGCGGGAAUGCCGGUGGCCCGCAGCUCCCUCUUCGCUGGGCUCCAGAAGGAAAUGAGCGGUCCAGCUGCUGUGGCGGUGGGUCUUGCUGAUAAUCCCGAAAAAAGCCUUCCCAUUAGUGAAAGCAGUAAGUUCCCUGUGUUUAUAACCCAUCCUCCUACUGCUGGAGGUGCUUAUGUCUCUGAAAACCUUUCGGAUCGCUCGAAAGAGGCUCAAGAUGUCGACUUCGGCAUGGUGCAAAGCACCAUCUUUAAUGACAGAAAGCAUCAGGUUUUUUGGAUGGUGCUGGGUGCUGUCAUGCUUUGGGAGUUGUUGGCUGCCCCUGUUGAAUGGAUAGUUGAUGACAGUCUCUACGAGUAUCUCGACUUCAUCGAUGCAACUGACAGGUAUGGAAAGCUGUGGAUUUGGAGUUACUUGGGUGCAUCUGGAGGAGCCUGCGGCAUCGCCGUACUGGUGGAUCGACUGAAUUGCUUCCUCAGCAGUAACGUCUCCUGCCUUGCGGUCCAUUUCUAUGGGUAUGCUCUCCUGAUGAUGCUGUCGCUGCUUGCCAGCAUCUUUUUUCCGACCUAUGUUCCCAGGAAAACCAAGCAUAUGAACAAAACUGCCAAAGCCCUGGACCUUAUAGGCAGUGAUGGCCAAGCAAUCCUGUUUACUGUGACUGUCUUCCUUACUGGCGUGGCUGGGUCCACAGUGCAGAACUUUCUCUUCUGGCAGAUGGAGGACCAAGGCAGCAGUGAGAUGUACAUGGGGCUCUCCGUGGCCGUUGGACUCAUCGCUGAGCUUCUGCUUUAUUUCUUCAAAAGCAAGUUACUGAGGGCUCUCUCGAGCAGUGGCACGGUCGCGCUGAGCCUCAGCUGCCUGGCAGCGCAGCUGCUGUACUACUCAUUCCUGAGGAACGCAUGGUCCGUUCUCCUUAUCCAGGUUUUGUCUGCCUUUAGCAACGGUGCGCUGUGGUGGGCGGUUGACUUGACAGUCGACGACGUUGCCACUCCCGGGAUGGAGAGAUCCCUGCGUGCUCUUCUCCGAGGCCUCUCGCGCGGCGGAGGAGCAAGCCUGGGGAGCCUGGCAGGGGGAUUUGUUGUGGGGAGCUUUGGUCUGGCGGUCUUGUACAGGGCGUGCUGCAUCUGCCUGGUGCUCUGGUUAUGCAUGUUCUUAAUAGUCCAGUCUAAACUGCCUCCGCGGAAAAAAAUCAACUAUUCUCGUCUCCUGGCUGCCGAUUCCAGUGAUGUGAGUGAUGAGGAGAGAGAAAGUGACUGGCUGGUAAAAGCUAUGAAAGAUGACAGCUUUAGUGGGAGUUGGUAA